GAUUCGCUCUCUGUGCCCCAUAUUAUUUCAACCAAUGAUUUGCGCAAACUGAAAAAGGAAGAAGCUUUAUUACAGGAAAUAUCUCUUGAAAAAAAUUAUACAAAUGAAAAUUUAUUUUCAGACCGGGAAAAGAAGCUUAGAUUCGAAGAUUUAUCUUCGAAUAACAAUUCAUUGGAAACGAAUCCAAAGGAUUCAACUAAG